AUGACUACCGACGAAAAGGUCCACGUUGUCGAUGCCGAACUUGGAAGCCCCCGGGACUCUCUCGAGGAGCAGGAGGUCUUCAAGAAGACUGACGAUGGUGUCAGUUUUCGCAACGUCGGCUGGUUCAAGGCGUGCAUUAUUAUGGUGAAGGUUCUUUUCGCAACGGGUGUGCUGUCGAUGCCAUCGGCCCUGUACUCUCUUGGUGCAGUGGGUGGAGCGAUCAGUAUAGUAGCCUGGGGCGCUUUCAACACCUAUUCUUUUAUCAUUUUGGGCAACUUCCGCAAGAAGCAUCCUCACUGCCACUCCAUCGCUGAUAUGGCGGAGGUCGCUGGCGGUUUCUUCGCGAAGGAGCUCACGGGUAUUAUCUUUCUGAUCGGCUACGUGCUAGUCGUGGGCAGUGGAAUCAUUGGAGUGUCAACUGGGUUGAACGCCCUCUCGCAUCACGCUGCCUGCACUGUAUGGUGGUCUUUUAUUGCGACGGUCGUGAUCACUGCGACAGCUUCGGUGCGCAAACUCCAACAUGUGGGCUGGCUCACAUACGCAGGCUUUAUUUCGAUCUAUGCCGCGGUUUUCAUCGUUGUUAUUGCAGUCACGACACGCGACCGUCCCGCCGCCGCACCCCAAGAGGGCCCCUAUGAGCUUGGCUACCUAGCCAUUAACAAUCCUGGAUUUGCCGCUGGUAUGGUUGCUUCUAGCACUAUCUUCGUUUCCACGGCUGGUACCAGCGCCUUCCUCCCGGUGAUGUCGGAGAUGCGGAACCCGAAGGACUACAAAAAGGCAUUGUACCUGUGCAUGGGUUUGGUCACGGCGUCAUACCUGGCUUUCAGCUUGGUCGUCUAUCGUUGGUGUGGACAGUGGGUUGCUAGUCCGUCCUUGGGUAGUGCCGGCCAAACCAUCAAGAUGGUAUCUUACGGUGUUGCAUUGAUUGGGCUGGUGAUGAGCGCCACAAUUUACCUGCAUAUUGCAGCUAAAUACAUAUUCGUGCGGAUCUUGGGUAAUACCCGUCAUUUGCAAUCCAACACGGUUGUUCACUGGGCUACCUGGAUGAGCUGCACAAUUUUCCUCGGUGCUAUUUCUUUCAUCCUCGCCGAGGCUAUCCCUAUCUUCAACUAUUUGAUUGCUCUGGUCGGCUCCGUUUGCUUUGCUCCUCUUGCCAUGUCGCUGCCCGGCCUUUUGUGGCUGCACAGCAAUCGUGACUACUGGAGAGGUACCCUGUUGCAGAAGCUGAUUUUCCUGCUACACAUUGGAAUGGUACUACUGGGAGUAUUCUUCCUAGUUGGUGCGACCUACGGUGUCGUACUUGAAAUCAUCGAUGCCUACGCCUCAGGAACGAUUGGCUCUGCUUUCAGCUGUGCAGACAACUCGAACUCAUCCUAG